AUCAGUCUCCACUAAUCUGUUACUCAACAACUCACAUAACCGUUUCUUUCUCCUCUCUCUUUCUCUCUAGAACUAGAACAAUGGCCGACGUACUCUUCCUAGUCUCUGUUGUACUACUCGCCGCCGGCAGUACACCUCCGGCACUGCUGUCAACACCACCGCCGUCUUCAGGCUGCGCUGACGAACUAGUGGCGUUCUCUCCAUGCCUUCCGUACAUUUCCGACUCCCCGAACAACAUCUCCGAUUCGCCUCCGGUUCAGUGUUGCGAUAACUUCGCGGCGGCGUUUGAUGAUAAUACUGCGAUUUGUCUUUGUUACCUCGUUCAUAACCCUCAGAUCCUUGGUUUCCCUAUCAAUUCAACGAAGCUGAUCUCGCUAACUUCUGUUUGUCCUGUUAAGGAGAAUGAAGGAGAGGAGAAUUUAUCUCUUGAAUCUCUCUGUUCAGGAUCAACUAUGCUGCCUCCUUUUCGGGCGAUAACAGCAGAUCACAGGGGUUCAAGUUCGGGUCCAAGGCGUCCUAGCCUUAGCCCUAGCCCAAGUCCUAGGCCUACACCACGCAUUCCACACCCAGGUGAUCAUGAUAACCCUUCACCGCAAGAACCACCAGGACAAGGCAAUUCAUCACCACCAUCCUCUGAUGUUGAUGAUAAUCCUUCUCCUGCUGCUCAGGCCACACCAUCAUGUGCAUCAACCAUAGCCAUACGAAUACUGAGUUACCAUAUAGGGUUUCUCAUUCCAAUAUUGAUUUUCCUGUUUUUCUCUGAAUGUGGUGAUAAUCCUUCUCGUGCUGCCUAGGCCACACCAUCAUGUGUAUCAAUCAUAGCAAAAGGAAUAAUGAUAUGGAAUUACUAUC